AGCAGGAAUCCAUUCGAAAGACCCAUCGAACUAUACCCAUACCUUGCACAUGAGCCCCAUCCUUCACUCUUGAGUAUUUUGCAUUCGAUCGCUCUCACUUCCAACAGUACUCCCUCUUCUUCGUUCUUUCUCCUUUUUAAUUACAACCAAAGCUUGCAACAUACGAGCCAUGUCUAGACGAGGUGGGAGUGUCUACGAGGAGCGUGAUACCUAUAUCCGCGACGAGGCCCCGCGAUCAAGACCUCCACCAUCACGACCCCGCGAUCGAGAUAGCGUCUAUGAGGAGCGCGACACAUUUAUCCGCGAAGAGCCAGCAAGACGACCACCUGUGCAGGUCCGUGAACGAGACCGAGAUUAUGAAGAAAUCGACUUCAUCCGGCGGGAGAGGCGGGAACCCGAUCGUCGGUUGGAUUUCUUACGAGAAGAUUAUGGCAAAAACGAAGGAGGAACGCUGGUAGUGAGGGAGCGGGACAAAGAUAUUUUCAGCCGCCCGCUCGAACGCAGACCGCGAUCUCCAAGUCCCGUUAGAUAUCGGGAGAAGAUCAUAGAACGGGAGAGGGAGCGAUCAACUUCCCCACCUCCUCAACAACUUCGCGCACGAGUUAUUGAAACCCGGGAGAGGAUUCCAGUACGAGAACGUUCACCGUCCCCCGUUCGUUAUCGUGAGAGGAUCAUUGAGCGGGAACGGGGAAGAAGUCCUUCCCCAGUCCGCUCUGAGCGUAUUCGAAUCACCGAGACCCGCGAGGAGAGACGACCAUCCCGUAGCCCUUCUCCUUCACCAUCGCCUUCUCCCCCGCCCCCAAUUAUCCGCGCUCCCCCGAUCCACCAGGAAGUCAUUACCCAUCAUAGACACAUUGAUCAUGGUUAUGAAGUUCGCGCUCGCGUGCCUUCCCCACCUCCACCACCCCGCCGCAGCUCCCCUCCUCGCGUCAAAGAAACAGAUAUCGACAUCUACACCUCGCGGAACAACACCGAAGUUGAUAUCCACACAAAGAAUCGCUCUCGCACGCCCCAAGCCUCCCCCCAUGCCUCCUCGAACUCAUUACCACCACGCCGCGACAACUACUAUGAUGAUACCGUCAUCUAUGAACAAGAGCACGACAAGCUCAAGGUGCGCGAUAACAUGCUGUCGAUCAAUAGGCGGAGGAGUUUGAGUGCACGACCAGGUUAUAGACCCACAAUCCAUAUGGAUAUCAGGGAUGAUGAGAACGAGGCUGAUUACUAUAACCGAAAGAUGGAUGAGAGGGCGUAUAUUGGAGAAGCUUACAAUGGCGCCACGAAGGAUUGGUCCAUCGUGGAUGUCCCACCUGGAACAGAGAGGGUGAGGAUGGACGGUGUUGGAGGUGGGUCGGAGGAGAUUACCUGGCAGCGAUAUAACGGCGUUCGGAGAUCCAAGUUCAUUCCUCAACGGGAGCCUGAGCGGGAGCGGGAGAGGGUGGAGAUUAGAGAAGAUAGGAGGAUUGAGGAGCCGAGGAGAGAGAAUUCCGGGUUAGAGAUUCAGAUCUCAACUUCAAACCGACGACGAGAAGGUAGCGGGGUCUACGAGCGGGAGCGCGAAUACGAGCGGAUCGAGGAAUCUUCCGAUCGACGACUCGGCCCGCCGCGAGCCCCUAAGAAUCGAGUCGGUGAUCUCUGGACAGAAAUCACAAAGGAUCUCGUGGUGGCGGAAGCUAUCCAGCAACUCGGUUAUGACUACGAGGAGACAGAAUACUUUUUCUAUGUUCUUCAGUACCUACGUUAUGAAGACGUCCUCCAGCUAGUCAAACUCUCGGAGCAGAUCCGCCGUGAACGCCAAGAGCGGAUCCGCGAGAUCGAGCGAGAGCGCGCCCGCAUGGAGAAGAGGGAACGGGAACGCGAGGAGUGGGAGCGAAUCGAGCGAAGAAGAUCAAGGGCUCUACCGGAAUACGAAGAUGAGAGGAUCAUAGAGCGGGAGAUCAUAUACGAUGGGCGACGCCCGCCCCGUCGGUCACUCAGGUAAAUACCUACCACAUGGGAGGACCAUUGGAUAAAUUUGGUAAACGCGGAGUUUGAACGAAGAGAUGAUGGCGCUUGACGAUUGCUUGCAUGGUACGGCACGGCACGGCGGCUUUCUCCUAUUGUCACUUUUCUUCUUACCUAUUUUCUUUUGGAUUUCA